AAAUUCAUACCAACAAUAAUAACCUUAUCUAUACUCUCCUCCAACAUUCCACAAACCAAAAUCCAAAAUGUCUGCAACAGCUUCUUCAUCAUUAAUCUCCAUUACCACCACUCCAAACACAUCUUCUAAACUACACUCCCUCAAAACCCUAAUUUCCAUCCCCAAAUCCCCCUUCAAAACCCCGAAUUUCUCUCUCAAUUUCAACCCCAAUCACUUAACUCUCUCCACACUAACUCGAUCCACUUCCCCAUCAUACCAAACAACUCAAAUUCAACAAACCCCAGAAGCCGAAUUAUCCGAAUUAUCAGAAAUUGAAGAAGAAUUAGAAAACGACGACGUAUUUGAAGAAGAUGACGAGGAAAGUGAACCGGAAUCGCCGGAAGCCGGGAAGCUUUACGUCGGAAACCUGCCGUACGCGAUUACGUCAGCAGAAUUGGCACAAAUAUUUGGGGAAGCUGGUGAUGUUGAUGCUGUAGAGAUUGUUUACGAUAGGGUUACGGACAGAAGUAGGGGGUUUGCGUUUAUUACAAUGGCGAGUGUGCAAGAAGCUAAAGAAGCCAUUAGAAUGUUUAAUGGAUCUCAAAUUGGUGGCAGAACCGUGAAGGUAAACUUCCCGGAGGUGCCUAGAGGGGGCGAGAGGGAAGUUAUGGGCCCGAAAAUUAGAAAAAGUAACAGAGAUUUUAUUGAAAGCCCGUAUAAGAUCUACGCAGGUAACCUUAGCUGGAUUAUAACUUCGGAGAAACUUAAAGACGCUUUUGCUGAUCAGCCCGGUCUAUUGAGUGCAAAGGUCAUCUAUGAGAAACAGUCGGGCCGGUCUCGAGGUUUUGGGUUUGUCACUUUUGGCUCACCCGAGGCUGCAGAGUAUGCACUUAAUGCCAUGAAUGGAGUGGAGGUGGAGGGGCGGCCUUUGCGACUGAAUUUGGCUGCAGGAAAUGCCGAUACGUCUCGUUCACCACAAUCAGGAACAAGUUCUGAGAUCAAUGCUGGCGCCGGGAGUGAGAUCCUUUCGAGCAUUAGCUCCUCAUUAGGCGAAAAUCUGUAGUUGGGUAGAUUUUCUAUCUUUUAUUGAAGGGACAUGAGACAGAGAGACACCCACACAAGUUUUGUGCAAGAGAUCAACAUUUGUAUGCGUUUCGACAUGUAUUUUAGGUUUUAUUUUUGACGGCAAAAUGAUAUUAUUGAACAUGAAACUAGCAAGAUGCUAGAUGAAGUAUAUAGUAUUGGAAGUAUUCGUUUAGUUUGUGAGAAUGCUUAUAAAUCUUUGUACUUGUAUUCUAGCGUGUUAA